AUAAACUUGCCUUGCCUUGCCUUGCUUCUGGGUUCGGGUGGCGUUUGGGUGGUGACCCUAAACUCUGCAGCUUUUACUUGGAGCUGUUGAACGUUGACCAGAGGCAGAUGUAUUGGGGUGUGGUGUUCAGUUUGAAGAAGGGCUGCGACUCACAAGGACUGAAAAUGCAGAAGUGUUUUAUCUGUGCUGUGAUGCAACAUCAGAGGCAGGAAAUCAGCAGAAAGUCAUAAACGCACACACACUGAGCUGAUCUCAGUAACCUCUGACCUCACAGCUUGAACUGUGACCACAUUCAGCACACACACAUUAUUAGAAUAAGACAUACUCUCAGGUAAAGGUACCGGUCGUAUCUCAGGGAUGUUGAAGUGUGCUUACACGGUGGGCUGGACCGGUGAAGCAGUCCUUCCUGUCUCAGUAAUGACUGCACGUCUCAUCCCUGACGCUUUCUUUUGGUAGCUCAUUUGCCAAACUGUCCUAGAUUAGCCCAAGGUUUCAAUAAAUCAGAAAAUGUUUACCUAUAACUGGCAGGCGGUGCCAGUUGCAUGCUCUCUUUACACAGAAUGCAUCUUUAAAAUCCUUGAUGCUGGUUUCACCAACUGGUAUUCCAGGAAAGUGCAGUCCAGCGUUUGGCUAACGUCAGUGGCUCACAGCUCCUGUGGCUUUUUAACAAGUCCAUCAAAUUCCCCGACCACUUCGGGGGGCUGUUACAGUCAGUGGUUUGAGGUGAAGCUGAGAAGAAUAAUGGCUUUUUUCUCAACCUGAACACAGAUAAAGGCUCAGCCAUGCUUCACGGGGAGGACAGCUGUACGGCAGUAGAAGAUGGUGGUGAGGAGGACCAGCACCGGCCUCUUAUCCUGGAAAGAAUUGAGAAGGAAACGGGAAGAACCUGGAGAACGGUUUUGUCUCAGCGGCUCAGGAAGCACUGCUCCUGCACGCCAGAGAAGGCCAAAUCCAGAAUCCUCAGCUUCUUCCCGGUUCUCCAGUGGCUGCCGCGCUACAAGCUCAGGGACUGGAUCCUGGGGGAUGUUAUGUCAGGAGUGAUUGUUGGAAUCCUAUUGGUUCCCCAGUCCAUAGCCUACUCCUUAUUGGCCAACCAGGAUCCCAUAUACGGCCUGUACACGUCUUUCUUCGCUUCCAUCAUCUACGCCCUCCUGGGCACUUCCAGGCACAUCUCGGUGGGGAUUUUUGGAGUGCUCUGUCUGCUCAUUGGCCAGGUGGUGGACAGGGAGUUGGCCCUGGCGGGAUACCUCCCGGAGAGCAGCCUGAGUGGGAAUGACAGCAGUGUCCCGUUGGCUGGAAAUGACAGUGGUGUGGUGGGAUGUGACCGGAGCUGCUACGCGAUUGCCGUGGGGGCCACAGUUACCUUUACUGCUGGGAUUUACCAGGUGCUAAUGGGCCUUCUGCAGGUGGGCUUUGUGUCUGUCUACCUGUCGGACUCCCUCCUCAGCGGGUUUGCUACAGGAGCCUCCUUGACCAUCCUGACGUCUCAGAUCAAGUACCUGCUGGGCCUGAAGAUCCCCCGUCCUCAGGGCUGGUUCACUCUGUUUAAGACAUGGUACGGCCUGCUGAGCAACCUCGGGAACACCAAUGUGUGUGACCUCAUCACCAGUCUGGUGUGUUUGGCAGUACUCAUACCUACGAAGGAGCUCAAUGACCGCUUCAAGUCCAAGCUGAAGGCUCCGAUCCCAUUCGAGCUCUUUGUGGUGAUAAUUGCCACCCUCGCAUCUCACUUUGGCCAUUUCAACACCGAAUAUGGGUCAGGUGUGGCUGGGGCCAUCCCCACAGGCUUCCUCCCUCCUCAAAUGCCCAUGUGGUCUCUGAUCCCCAACGUGGCCGUCGACGCCUUCUCCAUCGCCAUCGUGGGAUUCGCCAUCACCAUCUCACUGUCGGAGAUGUUCGCCAAGAAGCACGGCUACACGGUGGAUGCCAACCAGGAGAUGUAUGCCAUCGGGUUCUGCAAUAUCCUGCCAUCGUUCUUCCACUGCUUCACCACCAGCGCCGCGCUGACCAAAACCCUCGUCAAGGAGUCGACCGGGUGCCAGACGCAGCUGUCAGGGCUGAUCAGUGCUCUCCUCCUGUUGCUGGUUCUUCUGGUGAUCGCGCCGCUCUUCUAUUCCCUCCAGAAGUGUGUUCUUGCUGCCAUCAUCGUGGUGAACCUCCGCGGUGCUCUUCGAAAGUUCACCGACAUUCCCUGCAUGUGGCGUGCCAACCGCAUCGACGCCUUCAUCUGGCUGAUCACCAUGGCAACCUCAGCGCUGGUCAACACGGAGAUGGGGCUUCUUGUGGGGGUUUUGGUGUCGGCUUUCUGUGUCCUGGGCCGAACUCAGCGGGUCCAGGUCCUGAAGCUCGGCCGGGCUAUGACCAGGGAGCAUUACGAAGAUCUGGCGUCUUACAAAGGCCUCCAAACGCACCCCAACGUGGCCAUCUUUAGAUACGAAGCGCCAAUCUACUAUGCCAACCAGAGCCUGUUUAAAAAGUCUCUGUACAGGUGUGUAGGACUUGACCCUGUGAAGGAGAAGAGCCGCCGUGUCAAGUUCCAGAACAGCAAACUGCAGGAAGAGGCUGCCGGAGUCCCAACUAGCAAAACGGACGAGAAAGAGGCCGAAACUCCUGCAGCCGUCACCCUGAUGAUGGACACAGCCUCCCGUUACUUACGCAGGAUAGUGAUCGACUGCAGCGCCGUCUUGUUUCUGGACACUGCCGGAGUGAAUGCUCUAAAGGAGGUCCGCAAAGAUUACGGAGAGCUGGGGGUGGCGGUGGAGUUGGCUCAGUGUAAGACCUCUGUGCUGGACACGUUGGAACGAGGAGGAUACUACUGCAACCAAAAAGGAGGCGACGCAGGAGAGAACCGCACGAUCUUCUUCACUAUCGAAGACGCCGUCCGCCACGUCGAAAGCCGCAGCACUCCUAACGGAGACUAUAAGUCCUAAAGAGACAACACGUCUAUGUUUACAUGUCUGCAGCGUGUGGCUGCACAGAUGUGCCUUUGUAACAGUUUUCUGAAGUCCUACCUUCAUCUCAGGUUUCUGCAUCCAGACAGGUGAUCAAUCACCACAGUGUGAACGUCCAUGUACCGAUAACUCACCUGUGGACUGUAUAAGAAGAACCAGCCACCCACGAGGAAAGAAUACCCAGACCCUACCUGACAGCUUGAGUCUGUGUCUAAGGCAGACUCAGCAAGUUUACAUCUGCAUAGUACAAGUGCUGCACAGUGUAAAAUAUGUGUUUUAUACUGCACGUGGGAAAUAUGUGUUUCAUAAUGCACAGUACUGCACAGUGAGUACAAGUACUGCACAGUGUGAAGUUCAAUUCAAUUGUGCAGUUGGAAGUGUUCCCAACUGCACAGUACAAGUACUGCACUCUGUGUACAAGUACUGUACAGUGUGAAAUAUGUGUUUCAUAAUGCACAGUACUGCACAGUGUGUACAGCACAAUGUGAUAUGUGUUUUAUACUGCAGAGUACAAGUACUGCACUCUGUGUACAAGUACUGUACAGUAUGACACUGGUCAUGCCCUAGUGUUGUUUAUAGAAACCAGAGCCGUAUUCUGACUUAAUUUUUAGAUACUGAGUCGGAACGAUGCACGUGCACAUGUUCAGGAUGACGACUGGGGUUAGGAUUUAAAACAGGUGUAAAUGAUUUAGUAUUUUUUUUUUUUUGUUUUUUUUUAUAAGGUAUAAACUGGAUUUUUUGCCACAAUCAAAAACGAUCGUAAUCGUCUGCUGUUUCGUGUUUGGGUCUAUCAGUCCAAUCAUGACUGACGCCUCAGGGCAGGAAGUUUGAAACACAUGUAGAAAAAAGCAGCAGCUCUGCUGCUCUGAGGAGAGACAUUGGAGGUAUCUAAAUGCUUUAGAUUUUUAGAUCAGAACCCUGCUGGAUAAAAACAUAGAUUCUUCAUAUGUGCUUAAUAAGAAGCAGCCAUCCUGUGCCUGAACAUGAAUGUACGUGCAAUGACCCGAGGAAGCAUUUGUCUGUUAGCACUGAUCACAGGUGUAUGCAUGUGCUUCCAGAUCCUCUGACAGACGAAUAUUCCUCCGGUGAGGAUGAGAGACUCUUCCUGUUUAACUGUUAGCUGCAGUCACAUGACCUUGGCCUGUGCCUUCUUUCUGUGAAUCGGGUAAUGAAUUAGGCAAAGUUCGAGUUGAAGAAAAACAAAAGUGCAGUGUGAGAUUUCGAGGUUGCUGUGAUGUUGAUUCGUGGGGGUCAGAGAUCAUGGGUUGUGCCUUAGUUAACCUGACCCCCCCACACACACACACACACACACACACACACACACAAACGAUGAACAUAGCCUCCCGUUACUUACGCAGAGUAGUGAUCGACUGCAGCGCCAUCUUGUUCCUUGACACUGCCGGAGUGAAUGCUCUAAAGGGGGUCCACAAGGAUUACGGAGAGCUGGAGGUGGCGGUGGAGUUGGCUCAGUGUAAGACCUCCGUGCUGGACACGCUGGAACGAGGAGGAUACUAUUGCAACCAAAAAGGAGGCGACAACACACACAUACACACAGCAGAGAUGGGUUUUGAUGUACUUUCUGUAGCUUUAAUGAAACCUGCCUCAAUAAACUUGGUAGCAUUAUUAUUCAUAGAACACUUAAUUAUUAGAAAGGCCGAAGUUAGUUCUUAAGCAGAUGUAUUCUACAGUUUUUUAUUAUGAGAAAAUUUUUUAUGUAUACGUGUUUCUGAGUAUGUGCCUAAAGCUUAUGCACUAAAAUUUUGUACAUGAGUUUUACCGUAAAGCAGCACAAUCCUGGCAGCAGUUUUACUCUUUGCGCUUUUCAAAGCUGUUUUAUUAACUUAAAUAUCCAAACUCUCCAUCCUGCUUCCAUCUCAAAGGGUUUAAUCAUGAUAAUCAGAUAAUUGAGCGGCUUAUCUCAGCUGAGACCAGAAAAGUUUUUUUGCUCUUGACCUUUCAACCCUGCUUUGUUUAAUGUAUGUUCACAGCACCAACGUUAAGUUUUAAUGCUUGAACCUUUUAACUAGCUGAUCAGGGUAAGAACAGAAGUUUGUUCUCAAUGCAAAAGUGUUGCUGAAAUGGAGCGUGCUGAUAUGCAGUGAUGGAAGAUUUUAAACUGGGAAAAUCUUUGUAGAGUUGUUUUUAUACUGGGUGUAUGUGACAGGACGUGGCGUUUCCAGCCUCUGUCCUUGCUAAUUUAAAGCAGUAGUGGUAUAUAUUUUAUAGCUGUUUUUACAGAGAAAAUCAAAAAGAAUUAUGGAUUAGUUUUGCUGCAGAGUUGUAAAAGUUGAUCACACAGCUGUUGAUGGAGGUGAAUAUGCUCGGUGACGCGAGUUUCAUGUCGUUCUCCCUGAAUGCUUGCCCGAGCAGCUAAACACACACCCGGUGCUUUUAGAGAACAAAGUCCUCGCUUCUGUAUCUAAAUGUUAAACAGAAAAACAUGACGUAAGCUCCCAUUUAUUCCAAUCAGCUUAUUUAAGUUUAUUGUGUAUCCUGGUAUCAGAAUGAAGCUGUGUUUUACUGGAAAAUAAAAUCCUGUCUGAUU